AUGACACCUUUUUUUUCCCGAUUUCGUGAUGCUGUUUCUCGGAGGGUAAAACCUCCUCCAAAACCAACUGCUUAUAAACAUUCUCCAUGGGAAAGACUUCCCGACAAUGUCCUGGUCUCGUUGCUUACAUUUUGUAAGUUGAAGGAUAUUGCAUCCUUGGCGUUGACGUGUCACUCGGUGUAUUCCAGGCUUGUGAAGAACGAAAGUGCUAUCGCUCGUUCAUGGCUCAAUUUCCGUAUAAACAUUUGCGCGCCGCCUUACAACGAUCAUGAUUUUGAAAAUGAUAUUGGUCUGUCGCCAAGUGAUGACCUUACAUUUAUCGCCUCGCUCUUCCCUCCACCGCCACCGUUGUAUGCGAUUGGUGACGGUCAUGAGGAUGCUGACUAUUCUAUCGCGUACUUGGCCGACUUGGAAUCAUGCUGGACGACAUGUAUUCGACUAUGCUAUCAUUUGGCCGAUCACACAGUCCGACACCAUUUGGACACAGACCCAGUCAUAUGGCAACUUUGGAACUCUUCCAAGACUGAGACAGAAUAUGUCUACACCAAAGCGGUUGAAACCCUCCAGAAAAAGCUACUUCCUUCAAUGGCUUAUUGCAUAUUUUUCCUUGAAUCUGCUGCAUCAGAUGGUUUAGACUUGAAUUGUUCUGGUCAAGCCAUCUAUCUUUCAACAUCAAUCAGGAGACAACAGGCAAUAUUGCAAAAGCCGCCCUUUACUGACACCCAAGUUCUGAUUUCCACCCAGCACUGUAUGCAGCUCAUGUGCUCAACGGUCCGUCAGCUUAUGAGCCCCAAUAUACCUCACUCGUCUUCAGAAAACUGGGUCGCUCUACUCCUUUCAACCUGCACACUUAAGAAAAUUGUUGAAUUCUUCGCUGCAAUUGCGAAGGACGAGGAAAUGAAUGCUUCUCGAUCGCAUCAUCGUUCGUGGAGUCAUCGAAAGCAGUACUUGUUGGAGAUGCGAGAGACUCUAGGCCAAUAUAUUCCAUCGGCCAAGCAAACUCGCCAUACAGCAUCAAAGAGUAAAAGUGUGCUUCCUACCCUUGAUCAAGUAUGGUUUGGAGCCGCGUAUCGCGAAUUACGUCAGCGCGAGGCAAUCCCGCAUCCGGCUGAGUAUCCAAUUCAUAUUCUACACGGCUCCGAGAUGAUAUUAGGCUGCAAAUACUGUGACAGAUGA